AUGGCUUAUUGUGGCCGGGCACCGACCUUAGAAGCCUUUGAGGAUCUACUCUACACCUAUGGCGUGGACCUCGGCCUUUUCGGCCAUGUCCAUAACUCGCAGCGCUUCUACCCGGUUUACAAGGGCCGGGGUGACCGCAAAGGCUGA